GUCGGUCAUUUUUUGCAUCUUACUAUCGCUGUGUUUUUUCUGGCUUAUGUUUUGUACAUGAAAGUCGUCAUUGGAUUUAAUUUGCUAAUUAUUACCAUCUUAUCCAAAUUUUCUUAUCUUACCAAUAUUUUAUUAUCAUCAUUCUUGGAUCAAGUAAAUUGUGCUAAGAAUUUCACAACGUUAAUCACAAAGUUUUAUAGUUGGUCGUCAACACCGUAUAUUUUUUUAGUUGAUGUUCUUUGUUGGUUCCGUUCUUCCUCCUUCUUCCUCUCAAACACUUACCUCCUGUUCCGUUUUUUCACUCCCUGUCAAUUGGCUUGGUUUCACCACAUCGUACGGUUGCACUUCAUUCAUUCAUUCAUUCAGAUUUACUUUUUUUUUGGUGAAGGAAUUAACCAUUGAUCCCCAAAAAGUUGAAAAACGUUUAUUAUUUUAUUUUUUUUUUGUUGUUAUCGCUAAUUUUGUGUGAAUUUUUUUUUCGGUGAUUGUUGUUUUUUUUUGUAAAAAAACAAUGUUUUAAUCAUCAUUAUCACCAUGAACAUGUCGUCAUUAACAGAUUCGUCAAGAUUAAUUAAAACAUCCAACAGUGGUGUUGUUGUUGGACACAACAAUAAUAAUCUUACAGUUUCAUCCGGUUCUUUUGCACAUCUUAAUAAUCAAACAAUAUUGACAACAACAUCAGCAAAAUCAACAACAAGUUCAUUAUUAGCUACAGCAUUAUUGCCAAUAUCUUCAGCAUCAUCAAUAUCAUCAUCUUCAUCAAGUGGAAAAAAAUCACGUCAUUCAAAUAAGAACGAUUCAUCUAAUUCGAUUGUCAACAACAAUACCAAUACAAUUACUGAAAAUAAUCAUAACACCAAUUUUCUUCCAAUAGCACCACAUACAUUUUUUCAACAUCCUUCACAACAAGGUCUCACAUUGGCUUCCGUACAUCAACAAUUACAGCCGGGCAAUGUGGCCGUAUUUACAUCGCCAACUAUGGCGAUGGCCACAAUUGCCGGUACGGCUGGACCACAAGCUACUGUCCAUCAACAGCAAGGUACAUCACCAGGUCAAACAUUACAACAUCCACAACAAAGUUUAGUUGUUAAUGGUUCUAUGACGCAACAAUUUUCUACCGGAACAUUUCAAACGGCAAACGGUCAGCUCAUUCAAACAGCACCAGGAAUGCAAAUGAUAGGAGGAUUGCCUACACAAGUUCAAGUGAUUGGUGCCAAUGGACAGCCAGCAUAUUUUCCACAAUUCUAUACAACUGGACAAAUGCAACCGACAAUGUUAUUGAAUAAUUUAAGUAUGGCCAUACCAACACAGAAUCCGGGUCAAGGUUUAGCUAUUCAAUUGCCGACGACACCUACGAAUGGUGGUACAAUGAUUACAACAACCGGACAAAUGACGCAUCAAGCUGCAAAUCAACCUACACCUGUCAAAGGUCAAUCAAAUCAAACGACCAUAAUGAAAGGAGUGACCAUUUCACCGCAACAGAAUACGAUUGCAACACAGUCGAAUAAAGGUAAUGCAUCAACCAAUGCAACAAAAACUCAACAACAACAUCAUCAUCAUCAUCAUCAACAACAAGUUUUACAACCAACUGCAACAUUUCAACAGAAUACCACCAAUCAAACGUUUGUCAUUACUGGAUUGGCUCCACACAAUUCGGCAACAACACAGAAUAAUCAAACAACAGCCAUUCUACAGCCAACGUCUGCACAACCACAAUCAUCAGUUACAAAUGCCCGUAAAACAACGAGUUCUGGCCGUUCAAACAAUAAGGGAACAAGUUUAAUUCAAAAGAUUCAACCGACAUCACCAUUGUUAACACAGGCUCAAUUCAAACCGAACACAUCGUUUGGCACGACAACAAAUACAAAUUCUCCAGCUCCCGGACAAACAAUAAUGGUUCAUGGACAAAGUAUUCAAACAGGUCCCAAUGGUAGCAUUCAAUUGGCUCACAAUCAACCGACUAUUAUUUCACCAUUAACAUCGUUUCAAGCACUUCAACCAAGUAUUACAUGGACAACAUCGCCACAAUUGAAUCAGCAACAAACACAACUAGUUGCGCCAAACGGUCAAAUUUUGUUCCGAACACAAGGUCCAAAUGAUUCUCCACACAUGUUUUUCCAAACAUCGAAUAAUCAAUUUCAAGCUGUGCCAAUGCAAAUGGCACCAACAACUAGUGAUCAGCAACAAAACCAACAGAAUGCCGGAACAAUGCAGGUAACGCCAACCGGACAAUCUACUAUGAUGGCUACAUCAUCCAUCAAUCCAACAAUGCCAAUUUCGAUCCAAACGAAUCCUGGAAUAGCAACCAUGUCAACAACUAUGGUCAAUUCUCAUUCCCAAGCUAAUUCCUUAUCAAACAAUAUGCUUACGAUGGUAUCUUCAGGGACUUCUACAAUGACGUCGACAACUAUGGCUCAAUCACGUCAACGUCCUUUACGACCGGCUGCUUCAAAUGCCUCAUCAAAUUCUACAACUACAACAGUCCAAUCAACUAAUUCUACUCAGACUUCAACGGCUAAAUCUAAAUCGAAUGUAAAUAGUAUUCCCAAAUUGGCUCCAAAAGGAUCAGCUGCAUCAUCAUUAUCAUCAACAUCGUCGUCAUCACCAUCAAUUGUUUCGAAUUUUCCAAAAGCUCAGUCAUCCAUUGCUGCCAACAGUAAUAAUUCUACUGCAAAAAUACCAUUACCUGUUGUGCUUCCAAAGACCUCAGAAAAUAUUACAAAUGGUGCUAUCAUGAAUAAUAAUGUCAAUAGUAAAACACCGAUUACCAAAUCUAUGAGUGCAUCUACUCAAAGUGUUAAUUCUACCGCUAUGAUUGGCAAUGCAUCUUCUGUAUCUUCAAGCACAAGUUCACCAUCGCUUCAACCAUCACAGAAUAAUCUAAUCUCUUGUAUGACAGCAACAGGAACUAACACUAAUUUCAAUAACAAAUUAAAUCGAAAUAAACCUCAAACCGAAAAGAAAGAUGCUGCAAGUGGCACAGAAAACAAGUCAUCAACAUUGGUCUCAUCAUCGACAUCAACAAUGAAUCUCAAUCUUAAGUCUCAGAUGAAGACUAACUUGAAUUCUAUACGAAAUAAUUCAGCACCAAAUUCGAAAAAUAAAAUUCCUUUAGUGUUGUCAUCUUCUCCUCUACUUACAAAUAAUGCAAAUCAAUUUGGCAAGAUUCCUAAUCAAACAGUGGUAAAUGGUACACAGACACCACCUACGCCGGCUAAUAAAACUUUAACAAUGAAUGGUGGAUUAACUAACGGGGUUUUGGCCAAAUCGAAUUCUACCAAUACAAUACCAUCGACGAAUACGGGAUCUCAAAUGACCAACAAAGUCAAACAAAAUGAUCCCAAUAAUCAGGUAUUAACACAUGUCAUUGAUGGCUAUGUUAUCCAAGAAAGCGCCAAUCCAUUUCCGAUCAAUGGUUUCUUAACAUCCAAUGAAUUCGAUUCACAGAAAUCAAAUGGCACUGAAAAGAUGGAAGUAGAAACUGAUAACGAUUCAGCAAAACUAAAAGAAAAUGAUCCAAUGCCUUCUUCUCAAUCCGUUAUUUCUCAAUCUGAUCAUUUAAAGAUGAAUGACUCGAAUAGCCAGAUUUUGGGUGAUCUUUGUGUCAAUUGUAACAAAAACAAACGUCUUCUACAGGCAAAGAAAAAGAAAUGGAAACGAUAUUGUCAAACUUGUAUUGAUAAAUUCUUGAAAAAGCAACAAAAACAGCAACAGCAGGGUUUUGUUGGCAAUUCUUCGACGAUCAAAACAUCCACUUCUUCUUCAACACAUCAAACAACGACAGCAGCAGCAAUAGCCACUGCUGUUGUUGGUUCCACCAAAAUGAAUGGUUCUCUAGCCACGAGUAGUACAUCAUUGUCGACAACGCCAAUAGUCAACGGCCUUGGUGGUGGAAAACAUUCAUCAGCAAUUAGUGUGUCGACACCAUCGACCACUGUUACAUCAAACGGCAUCGAUGUUGGCCAAAAUAUGGCCAAACGUCCAUUGAUUCAACAAUCAGCAACAACUACAAUAGGCAAUGACCAACAAGCAAAUAAAAGACUUCGACUGUCUUCACCUCCAAAUGUUAUCGGGAAUUCGACCCAGACAAAUGGUGAUGUCGUUGUUAGUAAUGGCAAUAAUAUGAAUGCAGCCAAUGCAAAAAUUUUAGACUCUUCAGCAGCAACAACAACAACAAGCACGAAUGAUGAUAAAAUGUGGCUUCCAGCUAAUGGAACCAAAGAGCCUUGUAAAUGGACUGUGCAAGAAGUUUACGAAUUCAUGAGUCAUUGUGAUGGAUGUUCAGAUCUUGCUGAAGGUUUUAAAUCUCAAGAAAUUGAUGGCCAAGCAUUAAUGUUAAUCAAAGAAGAUCACAUUAUCGACAUAUUAAAUACGAAACUUGGUCCUGCAUUGAAAAUUUGUCGAAAAAUCAAAGAAUUAAAAGAACAUUUCAACUAUUGAUUUUUUCUUUAUUGAAAAUGUUAAUAAUCAAUUCAUUUUUAUACGAUAUAUCUCAGAAUAAUCUUAUGUUCUUCUUUCUGUAUUCUUCUAUAUAUUUGGAAUAAUAUAAUCAUUAGAUAGUCAAUUGUUGCUUUCAUCUUGGAUUUGAUUUUGAUAUUCUCGAUUCAGUUCGAACAAAAUUAUUUACCAUUUGUUCACAAACACCUGAAAGAGUGCUAUAUUCAUAUUAUGAUUUGUAUAAUUUUUGAAAUAACAUUUAUUCAUUCAUUUAAUUAUUAUGUAAAUAAAAACAAUUUUUAUACAAAUAAA